AUGAAUAUCCAACCAUCACCAUCUCAGCCAGGAAUACGGCUCGCUAUACCCAACCAUCACCAUCUAUACCCAACCAUCAUCAUCCAUACCCAACCAUCACCAUCCAUACCCAACCAUCACCAUCUCAGCCAAGAAUAUGGCUCUCUAUACCCAACCAUCACCAUCUAUACCCAACCAUCACCAUUCAUACCCAACCAACACCAUCUCAGCCAGGAAUACGGCUCUCUAUACCCAAUCAUCACCAUCUAUACCCAACCAUCACCAUCUCAGCCAAGAAUAUGGCUCGCGUUACCCAACUAUCACCAUCUAUACCCAACCAACACCAUCCAUACCCAACCAUUAUCAUCCAUACCCAACCAUCACCAUCCAUAUCCAACCAUCACCAUCUAUAUCCAACCAUUACCAUCUAUACCCAACCAUCACCAUUCAUACCCAACCAACACCAUCUCAGCCAGGAAUACGGCUCUCUAUACCCAAUCAUCACCAUCUAUACCCAACCAUCACCAUCUCAGCCAAGAAUAUGGCUCGCGUUACCCAACUAUCACCAUCUAUACCCAACCAACACCAUCCAUACCCAACCAUUAUCAUCCAUACCCAACCAUCACCAUCCAUAUCCAACCAUCACCAUCUAUAUCCAACCAUUACCAUCUAUACCCAACCAUUACCAUCCAUACCCAACCAUCACCAUCUAUACCCAACCAUCACCAUCUCAGCCAAGAAUAUGGCUCGCGUUACCCAACUAUCACCAUCUAUACCCAACCAACACCAUCCAUACCCAACCAUUAUCAUCCAUACCCAACCAUCACCAUCCAUAUCCAACCAUCACCAUCUAUAUCCAACCAUUACCAUCUAUACCCAACCAUUACCAUCCAUACCCAACCAUUACCAUCCAUACCCAACCAUCACCAUCCAUACCCAACCAUCACCAUCCAUACUCAACCAUCACCAUCUCAGCCAAUAAUAUGGCUCUCUAUACCCAACCAUCACCAUCUAUACCCAACCAUCACCAUCUAUAUCCAACCAUCACCAUCUAUACCCAACCAUCACCAUCCAUACCCAACCAUCACCAUCCAUACCCAACCAUCACCAUCUCAGCGCCAGGAAUACGGCUCUCUAUACCCAACCAUCACCAUCUAUACCCAACCAUCACCAUCUCAGCCAAGAAUAUGGCUCUCUAUACCCAACCAUCACCAUCCAUACCCAACCAUCACCAUCUCAGCCAGGAAUACGGCUCGCUAUACCCAACCAUCACCAUCUAUACCCAACCAUCAUCAUCCAUACCCAACCAUCACCAUCCAUACCCAACCAUCACCAUCUCAGCCAAGAAUAUGGCUCUCUAUACCCAACCAUCACCAUCUAUACCCAACCAUCACCAUUCAUACCCAACCAACACCAUCUCAGCCAGGAAUACGGCUCUCUAUACCCAAUCAUCACCAUCCAUACCCAACCAUCACCAUCUAUACCCAACCAUCACCAUCUCAGCCAAGAAUAUGGCUCGCGUUACCCAACUAUCACCAUCUAUACCCAACCAACACCAUCCAUACCCAACCAUUAUCAUCCAUACCCAACCAUCACCAUCCAUAUCCAACCAUCACCAUCUAUAUCCAACCAUUACCAUCUAUACCCAACCAUUACCAUCCAUACCCAACCAUUACCAUCCAUACCCAACCAUCACCAUCCAUACCCAACCAUCACCAUCCAUACUCAACCAUCACCAUCUCAGCCAAUAAUAUGGCUCUCUAUACCCAACCAUCACCAUCUAUACCCAACCAUCACCAUCUAUAUCCAACCAUCACCAUCUAUACCCAACCAUCACCAUCCAUACCCAACCAUCACCAUCCAUACCCAACCAUCACCAUCUCAGCGCCAGGAAUACGGCUCUCUAUACCCAACCAUCACCAUCUAUACCCAACCAUCACCAUCUCAGCCAGGAAUACGGCUCUCUAUACCCAAUAA